CACACAACUUACCUUAACUUCUCCCACAGAAAAUAAUGAGUUCUUUUCCCUCAUUUUACCAAUCCAUUCAUGAAGAUGAAGAAGAAGACGCUCACUCCGACCGCAUGCGAAUGGCUAUGAUGGCUUCUUUAGUUGCAACGAGCUCCAACACUCGUGAGUACAUAGAUCGUGGUCGAGAAGCUGGACAACGUUUGUUGAUGGAUGAUUACUGGAAUCCAAAUCCCACCUAAAACGCACGUAUCUUCCGGCGUCGAUUUCGCAUGCAACGACAUUUGUUCAAUCGAAUCAUGACAGAUGUCAUGGCCUUUGAUCCUUAUUUCCUAAGUACAGCUGAUGCUGCAAAUAAGGUAUCUCUUUCUCCUCAACAAAAACUCACUAGUGCGAUAUUUAUGCUCGCCAAUGGUUGCUCGGCUGAUUCCUUAGACCAGUUAUGUCGUUUGGGUGAGACGACCACACUUUUAUGCCUGAAGAAAUUUUGUAGGGCAAUUGUUAGUGUGUAUGGUUCUUGGUACUUACGAACCCCUAACCCUAGGGAUCUACAUCGUCUUCUUGAAAAGGCCUCAAAGAGAGGCUUUCCUGGGAUGAUUGGGUCAAUUGAUUGCAUGCACUGGGAGUGGAAAAAUUGUCCUACAUCUUGGGGCGGUCAGUACACGGGGUAUAAAAAAAAACCAACAAUUGUACUCGAAGCAGUUGCUUCUUAUGAUACUCAUAUUUGGCAUGCAUUUUUUGGCACUGCCGGUUCCAAUAACGACCUGAACACCUUAGCUAGCUCUCCCGUGUUUGAUUCUGUUGUAAAUGGAUCUGCCCCUCAGGUGGGAUUCCGGGUAGAUGGUAAGAAUUAUAACCAAUGUUAUUAUUUAGCUGACGGGAUUUACCCUUCUUGGGGAACUUUUGUUAAGACAAUAAGUCAUCCCGACACUCCUAAGAAAAGGCUUUUUGCUUCGAUGCAAGAGGCUUUUCGUAAGGAUGUUGAAAGAGCAUUUGGAAUUUUACAAGCUAGGUGGGCUAUUGUGCGAGGUCCUGCACGCUUGCACGACAUACAAACAUUGGGUGAUAUAAUGCUGGCAUGCAUUAUAAUGCACAACAUGAUAGUGGAAGAUGAAUAUGAAGAGAGGGAUGAAGAACCAACCCAUCAGGACUACAGUCAAGACUAUGACUAUAUUGGUGCCACCGUUGAAUUGGAUCUUAACCACGACGGUCCCACCUUGAGUCAGUAUAUGAUGCGCCACAAUCGAAUUCGAGACUCGUCAGUACACACAUUGCUUAAAAAUGAUCUCAUAAACCAUUUGUGGAAGCACCAUGGAAAUGGAAUGUAGUUUAUUUGUGUCUUUAAUAUUUCUGUAUUUCCUUAAUAUUUAUGUGUUUCCUUAAAUGUUUCCUUAAUUGUUAAUGUAUUUUAUCCAUUUCAUUUACUAGUGUUUGACUUCGUACUUGUAAUGUUUAUGUGUUUCUUUAAAUAUUUAUGUAUUUCGUUAAUAUUUACGUGCCUUAAUAAAAGAUUUGUGUUUGUGUG